CAAGCGAAAAACCAAAAUCUAUCAUAUGAGAUACUCAUAUUAAGCAAGGAAAUCAAAUUUCUAAAGGCCAUUGGAGUGCAAUAUGUAACUAUUGUAACUAAUUUUGGCAAUUUAUGUAAUUAUACACCACUGGAUGUUCGUGAUCUAUUUCUAAGCCGGUUAGCAUCAAAAGUA